CUGGAAGUUUCAGCCUAUAAAACACCUGCCUGUCACUAUGGCUUUGCUUCAUUCCCUUCCACAUAAUCCAUCAUGUUUACUUCCCGCUCCAUCAUCUUUGCGCUGCUCAGCUUCCUCGUUGGCGUCAAUGCGUGUGUACAGUGCCCAGCCACAGUGAAGGGCAUUCAACUAUCCGCUACCCUCCCAGACGACCAGGUCACAGUUUGCGUUUACAAUGGCAUCAAUGGCGACGGCUCAACAGUGCUCUGUCAGUAUCACACUAAGAACGGGAAGUCUUCAGAUAAGUCUCAACCUUGUCCGAAAAAAGCGACUGUGAAGAAGGACUGCUGAACAUGAUGCGAAGAGGUGGAGUGAACGAGACACCCAACAGGAGGAGCAAUGUUUGUCUGCAGACGGCCGGGUGUACACCAGACACCAUCUGUUACGAGAAUUGCCAAAUACUUUUGUCUUGCCUUGGCCAGUUGCAUCAUCCUAACCACCUAUUAGAA